AAGCUAUUAAAAAAUGUUGGAAACAAGCAAAAAAUUGUGAUAAAGAAUUAGAAUCAGGAACAGUUAAAAAAUUAAAAUCUAGGAUAAUUAAAGAAUUAGAGCCUGUUGAGUAUAAGAAAAUUAUUAGUGAGAUACAAAUAGAAGACUCUGAUAAGCUAUUAGAUGCUAAAUCUGAUGAAUAUGAUAAAUAUUUUAGUACUUUUUGGAUAGAAGAUAAGAAAAAUUAUUUUAAUAGUAAAGAAAUCAUGGAUCAACUAGAAGGGCUACAACAAAAUAUAUUGGAGCAAUUAGUUAAAAAUGCAAAAACAAAUAUAUGGACUACAAGUUUAUGUAGACCAAUAUAUAGAGAUGAUACAGAAUCAAUAUUAUACAACAAGAAAGCAUAUUGGAAAAAGGCAGCUUCAGUCUUCUGA